UGCUCUGAGCGUUGCGCGUGAUUGAGUCCUCGAGCUGGGGCACAUCUCGACGUUUCAGUGACGUAGGCGGAGAACGACGUUUCCGUAGCAACUGGGGCCGGUCCGUUAACCGCAGCGGCCGCUGUGCUACCGGAGCUCAUCGAGAAGUAGGAGGCGGGGGGAUUGUCUCUGUCGGUUAACCGGAGGCCACCUCUGUCUGUGGGGCGUAGAGACACGGGGGCGACGCACUAUCGAGGCGGCGAGCCCGCAGUUCCGCGCGGAGAUGCUGAAUAUGUGGAAAGUCAGAGAGCUGGUGGACAAAGCCUGGGAGGAGCAGCAGAUCUAAGAGGAGAACGAGACAGAGAGGAAAGGACAAAAGAAAAGAGAGCAACUGCUUAGGAUUAAAGCACCGGGAGAAGAGGAGAGCAGGAGGAUAGACAAUGAAGAGGAGGGUACAGAUAUUUUAAAAAGGCCAGAUGAGAGGAGACAAGGGAGGAAUGACAGGCUGCUGGAGUAAGAUAGAGUGGUGGCAGAGAGGAGAGGAGAGGGAGAUGUUGCGGUGCUUUGGCUAUGUGUUUUGCCAGAGCACCAAUGUGGUGAUGAACUACUCAGAGAUUGAGUCCAAGGUGAGAGAAGCCACCAAUGACGACCCCUGGGGACCCUCUGGACAGCUGAUGGGAGAAAUAGCCAAAUCUACCUUUAUGUACGAGCAGUUCCCAGAGGUGAUGAACAUGCUGUGGACCAGGAUGCUGAAAGACAACAAGAAGAACUGGAGACGAGUAUACAAGGCUUUACUGCUGCUGGCCUACCUGAUCAGGAAUGGGUCGGAAAGAGUCGUCACCAGUGCCAGAGAACACAUCUACGACCUGCGAUCUCUAGAAAACUACCACUUCAUCGAUGAAAAUGGUAAAGAUCAGGGCAUCAAUGUGCGUCAGAAGGUGAAGGAGAUGGUGGAGUUCAUCCAGGACGACGACAGACUGAGAGAGGAGAGGAAGAAAGCCAAGAAGAACAAAGACAAAUACAUUGGAGUCUCCUCUGACAGUAUGGGAGGAGGAGGAGGGGGAGGAGGAGGAGGAGGAGGAGGAGGAGGUAGCUUCAAGAACUCUAAUGAACUGGAUCGGAGUAAGUGGGAUGAGGACUGGGAUAAGAGCAGAGGAGCUUUCCCCUUUAGCGAGAAGCUCGGAGAGAUCAGUGACAAAAUAGGCAGCACCAUCGACGACACACUCAACAAGUUCAGGAAGAAGGAACGAGACGACUCCCCCGACAGAAUCAGUGACAACGAAGAGGACCGAGCUUCAAGAAACGGUAGGCAGGACACCCUCGAGUUUAAAGACGAGGAGGAAACUGUCACGACGAAGAGCAUCCAGAUCACACAAGCGACAGAAACCACAACCACCACCACACGGAAACGCAGCGGAGCGACAAGCAGCAAGACUCUGGACCUGGGUGCUGCGGCCCACUACACUGGAGACAAGAGCCCCGAGGAGAAGUCAUCAGUCAGGCAGUCCUCCAGUAGCGGUUUAGCUGACCUGUUGGUGAUCGACCCCUCAUCCAAUCAGAGCACUGCAACAGGUGGCAAUUCAGACCUCAUUGGUGGCUUUGCUGACUUCUCCUCUCCUGCGGCCUCUGCCAGCCUCCCAACCUCCACUGUUGCUGCAUCAUCCAAUGGAAAUGGAGAAUUUGGAGACUGGAACGCCUUCUCCAAUCCACCGGCUUCAUCUAGCUCCGGUCCCUCCCAGCCCACCGCCGACCUCUUUGGCAGCGUCCAGUCACCUUCAGCCCCAGCGUCUAAUCCAGCCCCCGUGCCACCUUCUGCUGAGCUCUUUGACCUGAUGGGUGGGGUUAACCAUCAAAUGACCAAUCCGCAUACAACACUGAGUGCCUCUCAGAGUAUGACUUUCUCUUUGGGAGGAGCGACACCGGGAGCCCCUGUUGCUAUGCCCACCAUGCCCCUUUCUCGCUCUCAACAGGUAGGAACGAGUUUGGGAGGCAUGACGUCUCAGCAGCCCAUAGGACAACAGCAGAAGGUUGGGGUCGGAGGUCAGGGAUCGUUAGGGUCGACCUGGUCUGACCCCUCCGUCAACAUCAGCCUGGACUUCCUAUCAGCAGGCCUCAACCCCACCAAGUCACCGCCCACACUCAACAAUAUCAUCCAGCAACAAGGAGUGCCUCCCGUCAACUUGUUGGCCCAGAACUUCGGAGGACUGAACCUCAGCUCCCCGCCCCACGUGACUCCCAUCAGACCACCAGCCAAUCCCAUGAUGGCUGGCAAUGCCAUGAUGAUGGGCAUGCCUACGUCAGUGGCAACUGGCAUGCCGGCUUCCUUGACAACGGGUAUGCCAACUUCGAUGACCACUGGGACCAUGGGAAUGGGGGGGAUGCCUGUAAACCAAGGCAUGAUGGGAAUGAACAUGAGCAUGAAUAUGGGCAUGGCCGCUCCCGUGAUGAUGGGUGGUAUGACUGGCAUGGGAGUGCCAGGAGUAGGGAUGGGCCUCACACACUCCAUCACCCCAGCCGUGGGUCCACCCAAACAAGAUGCCUUCGCUAACUUUGGCAAUUUUGGGAAAUGAAGGAGUGCAAAUAAUUGUGAGUGUGAGUGUGAGUGAGUGUGCACGUCUGAAGUUGUGAGUGUGUGAAUCACAGAAGGACUGCUGUACUUGAAGACAACUUUGCAUGAAUCUUCUCUCUCUGCUUCUGCUCUUUUUUUUUUUUGGCGAGCCAGAGAUCGUUCAACAUCCCGGUCUGUUGACAUGAUUUGGAGGCGGGGGAGAGCACCCACUCGUGCCUCUUACCCAGCGGUCACUUAAUGUGUGAAAUGAUGUCACACAGAGGGCGCCUAAUGAGCAGAGAAGGUGCCAACCCAUAACCUCUAGUCAUUACUUUCCUGCAGGGGAAAGAAUUUUGCUCUUUACCUGUUUUAUAUAUGAACUUCCAUAAAUCCUCCUUCAUUACAAAAAGUAUCAGCUAAAAGUUUUUCUCAGUUACGCCACACAGUUGAUUCAAAUCAAAAUGGCAUUGCUGCCUUAAUAUUGCAUUGCAGCCUGAGAUAUGUUUUAUAUCAUUUCAAUGAAAUUAAAUCGCAGAAUUGAAGCCAUUACAUUAUUCCCAGGGAGCGACUCUAUUACAUUAUCUCGCUCUUUGUGCAAACACUUAAACAGUUACAGUAUCAGUAGUAUACAGAAUACAUGCUCCACUCCUCCGGCAGAGUGCAGGAUGGGUGUAUAUGGUCAUAAGUAUUCCUCUUGAGCCAUACUAGGGUGGAUGAAUUGCAUAUUACAAGCUUUUUUUCUCUUUGCCUCCCCUCUCCUCUCUUUUCAUCAGGUUUGUAGCCGUUCACAUUAAGGUUUUGUAGAUGUAUGAAAGACGACAUGAGUGAAGCCUUGAACUUCUCAGGACAAAAGUCCCUAAAAUACUGCUUGGCUCCUUAUGUUAUAUCACUUAUCCGUUACUUUCCACUUUGGACGCCUCCGUCAGAUUAAUGCCUGAUGAAAGGGUCAGUCAGUAUUUAACUCAGAGUACUAUUCACUGAUAUUUUCCUCUUUUUGUGUCCCCUCUGCCAUUGUGUCACUUCACACACGCCGUUGUAGGUCACCUGACUUCAUGAGAGAAUAUAUAUCUGCUCUAUCUAUUCUACCUUUACAGACAGUUUACAGACAUUUCUUCCACGUUUAAGGUAGUGGCACAUAGCAGAAUUUGGGGGACGAUCCAGCAAUGCUCCUUUUGAUUUACAAAGUAUUUUUCAUCUUGCAGCUCACUCAGUGAUCUGCUGGUGAAAGGGUUGCACAUCAGCGUCUCACAAACCGUGGAUCAGGAAAUAACUACCCCCUACAUUUGACAUGGAUCAGAUAAGUUGGAGGAAUGGGUUUUAAUAAAUGAUUUCUCUGACUAGUUGAGACAAAUCUAAAAGGGUUUGAGGGUCUCGAGUGACGUGUGUGUGUGUGAGGAAAAACAGGAGUGAAUGAGUGUGUGUGACUUUGUGUAUGGGUAUAGUUUUCUUUGUUUGAUGUGCAAACACAGCUAAGCAGAGCCUUUUGUCAUUUUCUGAGGCAAUGCACUCCAAAUGACCAAAUCUUUAUUUUGUUACUCUCAAAAAAAAAAGAUGAUUCCAUAGCUAUUAGUUUAAUAUUUUAUUAGUUUCACUUGUAAGGUUAUGUUCAUACAGGAGAGCUACUAAUGACAUUGUUUAGUUGACAGGAAUCAUGUUUUUGUUUCUUUUUCAGUACAGCUCGUUUCAUUUGAUUGUACUCUCUAUUUUCUGUACUUCAUUCAACAUUAAAUUAAAUUAUAACAUGAA